AUGAGGCGGCUGGCCAUCGUUUCAUUCAAUCGCGAUGUAGAACAACAGUUUAAGAAGAUCCAUCCAUACAUACCAUCCGUUACCUUGGAUUUUUCCGUAGUCAAGAGCUCUGUUCCGAGAGAUCUGGAAAAUCGACGUUACGUCGUCUAUCAGCUGAUACUAAUGCUUCGUGCUCAUAUUGCUGCAGUGUUAUCCAGCCGUGGAAUCAGCUUUUGGUCGAUGCAACAGGUAGCACCGUCUUUCGUGAAGUGCGAGGACUCAUUAUGGACAGAAAACUUCGUAUCAAUGGAAGUAGAAAGGCACUAUCCGGAUUCGCAAUUGAUAUUCGACACAGUCGGCAAUGACCAGGUGAGGCAAUAG